UGUUAUAACCUUAUUUUAUUCUUGACAUUUAUUAAAUUUUCUUUUAAAUAUAUUUGUUUUUUAUUUGUAAUUAGUAAGUAUAUAAGUACGAAAUGUUUUAUAGCAGCUGUGUAGUGUGAAAUAAAAUUCAAGUUUCUUAUAAAAGCAGCUAAAAUGAAUGAUAUAAAAAAUACAGGUUUUACAAGUUACCUGGAUGAGAGCGAAUUAGAGUCGGUAACAUUAAGUGAUCUACAAAAAACAAAAUUAUUAGAUGGCGAAACUCUGGUAGCAGAGGCUCAAAAAGUACUUCUUUUCGCUCCUUUGAGCGACCAUAAGAGAGGAACAUUAGGCAUUUUAACAGUGACAACUUUUAAGCUUGCCUUUGCAUGUGCAAACGAGGAUGAUUAUGAAAGUUCAUACCAGCAAAACAUGCUUCUUGGUCCCUAUGAAGUUUGUUUAUCAUCAAUAGACACCAUUUAUCAAGUAGGAGAUAAGUCAAAAAAGAAACUUAUACCAGGACAAAAUGUAUCAGGGAAAAUUAAAGAAUUGUUAAUUAUUUGCAAGAAUAUGAGAACUUUUGAAUUCAGUUUUAAAGAUUCUGAUAAAGAUAGUGGUAGGACAAUAGCAAAUUCCUUACUUCACCAUGCAUUUCCUAAGCGACAUUCUCUUCUAUUUGCAUAUGAAUAUGCAGAACCUUAUUUUAAAAGUGGGAAGGAUGUUCGAACAUUUAGAAAACCAGAAGACUGGAGGCUCGAAAUGGAAAGAACGAGAUGUCAGUUGUGGAGAAUUUCCCUGUUGAAUCAGAACUUUGUUGUAUCCCCUACAUUAUGUGAGGCAUUUGUGGUUCCUUCCUCAGUAACGGAUAGUGGUCUUACAAAGGCAGUUGAACAUUUUAGAAAUAGAUCUUGUCCAGUCUGGGUGUGGAGUGCUCCCAGUGGAGCAGCGCUGGUACGUAUGUCGGACAUCCUUCCCACCAUCACAGAUAGGACGCAGGAGAAUGUAAUGUUGGAACAUGUUCGCAAAAGCCACGCAGAGAAGCGACAACCCCAUAUUAUGGAUUUAAGCAGGGAAUGUCCAACUCCAAAAGAAGUACAGUCCAGUUACAUGAAAUUGCGUGACCUCUGUGCUCCCGAAAACAUUAAAACAUUCAAAAUUCAAGACUACAAAUUUUGUGGCCUUCUAGAAAACACCAAAUGGUUACAGCAUGUAUCGACGUGUUUAACAAAAGCCGCCGAAGGAGCCGACCUUAUCUGCAACCCUGAACCUACCACUGUCGUUUUACAAGAAUACAGUGGCCAAGAUAUGAAUUGUGUAGUUUCCAGUCUAAUUCAGCUUCUCUUAGACUCGAACUGGAGAACUGUGUAUGGGUUUCAGACUUUGAUACAAAAAGAAUGGGUUGCUUUGGGUCACCCGUUUACAUAUAGACUCGGUCACAUUUUAAACCCUGAUAUUGAGGCAGCACCGUUAUUUUUGCUUUUCUUGGACUGUGUUUGGCAGCUGCUGCAGCAGUUUCCAACCGCGUUCCAGUUCACGGAGACUUACUUGACCACUCUGUGGGACUCUGCCCAUGUCACCGUUUUUGAUACAUUUUUAUUUAAUUGCGAACAUGAUCGAAGUAUAGCACGAACGGUAAGUGAUUUUUAUCUUUUACUAUCGCUGUCUAGGGCUUCAGACUAACAACAAAAAAAAAGUAAAAAAGGAAUUUUAAUAUUUUCAUGCGAGGAAUAUAAUGCAAAAAGUGUUAAUCGCAGUCAAAUACAUAAUUCAUUUUUUUUACACAAAAAAUAUCACCCAUUGGUAAGGUAAAUAUGACAGAACAAUAAUUCCAAAAAGAGAAAGCCUUAGUAUUAUCACAGCUAAGUGAAAUUGUCAGAUUCCUUUCACUGUAAUUUAUUAUGUCAGAAGAACGUAUAAGAAAUAUGAUAUAAGAAAAAUGAAAUUGGUAAAUGUUUUCAACGAUUAGUAAUAAUGACACUGAAGGUCAAGGAAAAAUGAGGAAUUUUCUUCUCUCGAAAGCAGUGAACACUGU